ACACGGGCGCUCCGGCAACUCCAGAUUUUCCACGGGAGUGGAGCACGAGCGCGGCGGCGACUCCUCCGGCGACCACGGCGCGGUUCUCGCGUGACCAGGGCGUUCACCAGGGUCAGGGUGGUUCUGCUCCGACUCGGGCUCUAGGCCGUUGCCUAUCUGCAAUCCGAGCCCGGCUGGGAGUUCGAUUAGUUAGUCAUCCCGACGCUCCCACUUGAUAAAUAAGGGGAGGGAUCCCACUUCAUCGCCAGAUCCAGUUAGGACCGGAAAAUCGAUAGGAGGAGACAUGUCUAAACGUCAGCACUCCCACCUCGACGGCGACCGCACCGGAAAAAGGCCGCGGCGUGCGCCGAAGAAGCACCUCUACCUGGUGCUGGAUGAUUGGGACACGGGCUUCAGCAUCUACAAGGUUGAUGCCGACACUUUGCAAGAUACCUGCACCGACGUGCAGCUUGGGUUCCUUGACCCUCCCGUCCUCCGGUUUCCCGUACGCCGUCAUGACAUGGGCUUCACAGCCUUUGGUAACAGCAUCUUCAUCGCCACCAACCCACGCUGUCCACAGACUCCCACCCUCAUAUAUGAUACCGAGACAGCGGGAAUCACCAUCGGGCCAAGCCUACCACGUUCACUGCUCGGUGGCAUUGACAUCUCUGUGGCUCUCGGUGGUAUGCUGUAUGCGUUGAGAUCUUGCCAUGUCGGCGAGCAGCACUCUUUUGAGGCCAUGUCAUGGGCAGCCACGGGAAAUGAUGAGCUGUGGUAUCCACGGCCAGACAUGGAUUGGUCCUGGAAAAGUGUGCCAUCACCGCCGCCAUUUGCCGCAGAUGAUAUAAUUUCCUCUUACGCGCUGCACCCAGACGGGCACACCAUAUUCAUGUCUGCACACGACAGAUAUUAUCAACAUGUUCCAAAGGGUACAUUCUCAUUUGACACUAAGCGUUCUGAGUGGAGGUGGCAUGGGGAGUGGGCGCUACCUUUCCAAGGGCAAGGCUACUACGACAGCGAGCUAGACGCAUGGAUUGGGCUGUGUAAUGACGGGUACAUUUGUGCCUGUGAAGUUGCCUCCCGCAGCAGCGAAAGUGAUUUGCAGCCAUAUUGGAAGAUUGUGAAGGAGAAGAUGUUCCUCAAAGUCCCGGAGCGGCGACUGGCAGCAACAAGUGCCACUCUCGCCUACAUGGGCAACAGCAACUUUUGCCUUGUCGAUUGUGUGCAGCGCGAGGGAGUGGAAUCCGUCUUCGAUUGUUGUGUGCUCCAUAUGAGCACGUUUGGCCUUAAGUAUGAUCGCAGGGGAGAGCUGCAAACCACGCGUCACUGCUCUAACUCUUGUGUAGUGUCUAAGCAUAUCCUGUCCUUUUCUCCUCUAGUGUUCUGGAUGUAAGAAGUGUUUUGCUUGUUCUAUGCAAGCCUGCUGUGUAAUCUUGAUGUAAGCUGUGUGAUAUGUGGCACCACGAAGAGAAAUAAAAAGAAGUCAGUUCCCUUCUGCAA